UCAUGGUGGUCCUUUGUAGAUCAAUGAUUCACAUGGAAAAUCUAAUAAAAGUACAAACUAAACCAUUUUUAAUUCUGAUAGUCUUUUUCUUUUAGAUUUUCAAAGAUUCAAGAACCAUUAAAAAAACCAGGUCAAAUUGUUUAAUUGAUAGCUUAUUAAUACCAAAAACUUGAAGAGAAGACUUUAGUUUAAAAAUAGUCUCAUGCAGACAUAUUCAACAUUCUCCUUUUUCAUGUAACCGACAUGCUUCAGCAUCCUCCCUUGCUUAUAAAUUCAGGUAACUAAAUACAAACUACAAAUCACUUAAUCCCCCAUCAAAAUCUUGCUUUCGUGCUGAAUAGGACCACCAUGGAGUAUCUUAACCUCCUGCAAGUCCUCCUUGCAAUGGUUGUCAUCUUCUUCGUCCAUCGCCUCCUGAUUGUAUCCGGAAAGAAAAAAUUAAAAAAUGAAGCGCCGGAACCGAAAGGCAAAUGGCCGGUUCUCGGGCAUUUGCCACUGCUCGCGGGCUCUGCACUCCCGCACCGAACAUUGGCUGCUCUCGCAGAGAAAUAUGGCCCUGUUCUAACCCUCCGCCUCGGAUCACGAUUGACGCUGGUUGUGAGUAGCUGGGAAUUUGCCAAGGAAUGCUUCACUACUAACGACCGGGUCUUCGCGACCCGCCCAGACAACCCAGCCUCGGAGCACUUAGCCUACAACAAAGCCAUGCUGGGGUUCGCUCCCUAUGGGCCAUACUGGCGGGAGUCGCGUAAGAUUGCCACUCUAGAGCUCUUUUCGGCCCGCCGCCUAGAGCUUCUAAAGCAUGUGCGUGUCUCCGAGGUCGAUAUGUGCGUGGGGGAGUUGUAUAAUCAGUGGUCUCUGGACAGGAAAGAUGGAAAUAUAACAGUGGACAUGAAGCAGAAGCUGGAGGACUUGACAUUGAAUGUUGUCACCAGGAUGGUGGCCGGGAAGCGGUACUACGGCACAGGAGUCGGUGUCGAGGGCGGUGAGGCAAGGCGCUUUCAGCAACUGAUCGAGGAGCUGUUUCGACUCGCCGCCACUUUCGACAUCACGGAUUCGCUUCCAUUCUUGAGGUGGGCUGGGAUUGGGGGCUACAAGAGAGAAAUGGUACGGGUGUCAAGUGAAUUAGGAGAGACGUUUGAAAGGUGGGCAGAGGAUAAAAAGCAGCAGAAGAGCGCCGGCAACGAUUUCUUGGAUGUGCUCGUGGCCACUGUAAAGGAGGGCACCUUCCCUACAGACCAUACUCCAAAUACCAUUAUCAAAGGCAUAGCAGUGAAUAUCAUAAUGGCAGGAACCGACACCUCGGCUGCCACAAUGACGUGGGCCCUGGCCGCGCUGGUGAACACGCGCCAUGUGCUAGAGAAGGUCCAGGCCGAGCUAGACGUUCACGUUGGCAGGGACCGUAUGGUCGAAGAGGCUGACGUCAAACACCUCACAUACCUAAAUGCGGUGAUCAAGGAGAUCAUGCGCCUCUACCCCGCGGGCCCGCUCCUUGUCCCCCACGAGGCCAUGGAGGACUGCACGGUGGGGGGAUUCAAGGUGCGGGCUGGCACCCGCCUCCUAGUGAACGCAUGGAAAAUACACAGAGAUCCUCGUGUAUGGGAAGAUGCAGAGGAGUUCAAGCCUGAGAGGUUCCUGACCACCAAGGCAGAUGUGGAUGUCUAUGGAAAGCAUUUCGAAUACAUUCCGUUCGGCGCCGGGAGACGGUCGUGCCCCGGGCUGUCUCUGGCCCUCCAUGUCAUGCACUUGACGUUGGCACGUCUGUUGCAGGCAUUCGAGUGGGGCACCCAGACAGGAGAGAAGGUGGACAUGGGUGAGAACUUUGGUUUAACACUUCGAAAGGAUGGACCUCUCGAACUCACUGUGAAGCCUCGAUUGCCAUUACAGCUUUACCAGUAGAGGUCUACUUGACAUAAAAAUAGAAAUAUGGGUCGAGGAAAGAUGGUGUGAUUUGCUCUUGUGUUUUCACUAGGAUAGUGUGAUUUUUUUUGCAGCAGAAAGGAAAGGAAAAGAAUUUGUCGAGCACAAAUAGUAUUGACUUUUGUUAGUGGUAUUUGUAUGACUUCGAAUUUUGGAAUUUUGCAGUGCAGUUUGUAUA